AAAAUGCGCGGGAGCAUCCUCAGUCCGACGUCGAUGGUCGACAACGACACGGGCCUCUACUCCAUCGCCAACCUCGAUUGAAUGUGGUCAGGUUGAGGACCACCUGCUCUCUUCUCCCGUCUCUUCCGUCCUCCCUCUCCAAUGGCUUCGUCCUUCGCUCGCCUGGCGGGCAAUGCGCCCAAGAGGCUUUGCCUCCGCCCCUCUCUGUCAACAAGAUCCUCGCCGGUUGUCAGAUCUAGGUCGAUAGCGACCACUCUGCCUCGAAGAUAUGCUGAGCCGACCAGCUAUCAGGCGACUAGACUCGUCCCUACCGACCCGUCGUUUGCGCACUUCGCCAACAAGACCAGUGAUAUUCCCGAGGAGGCUGCGGCCAUGGAGUCGGAAGCAGGCCACAACCGCAAGAUUCGCCAUUACACUGUCAACUUUGGACCUCAGCAUCCCGCUGCGCACGGUGUGUUGCGUCUGAUUCUGGAGCUGAACGGAGAAGAAAUCGUCCGCGCGGAUCCUCACGUCGGUCUGCUCCACCGUGGUACCGAGAAGUUGAUCGAGUACAAGACGUACAUGCAGGCGCUUCCUUACUUCGACCGAUUGGACUACGUCUCGAUGAUGACCAACGAGCAAUGCUUCUCUCUGGCGGUUGAGAAACUGCUGAAUAUCGAGAUCCCCGAGAGAGCCAAAUGGAUCCGUACCCUGUUUGGAGAGAUCACGAGAAUCCUCAACCACCUCAUGUCCGUCCUCUCCCACGCAAUGGAUGUUGGUGCGUUGACGCCUUUCCUGUGGGGUUUCGAGGAGCGUGAGAAGCUGAUGGAAUUCUACGAGCGUGUUUCCGGUGCCCGUCUCCACGCUGCCUACGUCCGUCCCGGUGGUGUCUCUCAGGACCUUCCUCUCGGUCUCCUGGACGACAUCUACCAGUGGGCUACGCAGUUCAGUGACCGUAUCGAUGAGACCGAGGAGCUGCUCACGGAUAACCGGAUCUGGAAGGCCAGAACCCAGGGUGUCGGUGUUGUCAGCGCUGCUGAUGCUCUUAACAUGAGUUUCACUGGUGUCAUGCUCCGUGGUUCUGGUGUUCCCUGGGAUAUCCGCAAGUCUCAACCGUAUGACGCCUACGAUCAGGUUGAGUUCGAUGUCCCUGUUGGUGUCAACGGUGACUGCUACGACCGUUAUCUGUGCCGUAUGGAGGAGUUCCGUCAGUCCCUUCGCAUCAUCCACCAGUGCCUGAACAAGAUGCCCCCUGGUCCCGUCAAGGUUGAGGAUUACAAGAUCUCCCCUCCUCCCCGUGCAGCCAUGAAGGAGAACAUGGAGGCUCUCAUUCACCACUUCCUUCUCUUCACCAAGGGUUAUGCCGUUCCCCCUGGUGAGACCUACUCGGCCAUUGAGGCUCCCAAGGGUGAGAUGGGUGUUUUCGUUGUCAGUGAUGGCAGCGAGAGACCCUACCGCUGCAAGAUCCGUGCUCCCGGAUUUGCUCACCUGGGAGGAUUUGACCAGGUUGCCAGGGGCCACUUGCUUGCCGACGCCGUCGCUAUCAUUGGUACCAUGGAUCUGGUGUUCGGAGAGGUCGACCGAUAAACAUUGGUUGUUACUGAAAAAAUUAGAAGCCCGUAACCGAUGACAAGAGGCUGGGGCCCUUGGCGUCGGAGAGAUGAUGAGUGGAGGUUGCUUGGUGGCGACCAGCCUAAGCCGUCCCGGUGCAGCCUGAGCAGCCGUCUGUAGCUGUAGUAUUUCCUUGAGCAGUGGCGUUGUUUCAUGUCUAUCUUGCAUACAAUUUCCGUCUCUGUCUACCUAUCCUCUUAUGUAUAGUGAAUGUGAUUUGCACUUCGAGUUUUACACUGUCAGGACAUCGAACCGGCCGUAGGUAUGUCAG